AUGAAAGGCAAAGAGCGGUCGCCGAUUAAAAAACGCUCCCGGGCCUUGGACGAUAUUCGAGACAGGGGAGGAUGCCACCCGACCAGCAAGAAAAUGGGGGCUCUCUCCGUUUCCAGCGGGAGCAAUAAUGGAAACAAUUCCACAAAAAGCGACGGCGGCUCGACGAGAAGGACUCUGCUCGGAGAAAAAAGAGACAGGGACUUCGACGGCCACAGCCGAGCUGGAAAUAACCACAGCUGUCAGUCUGCCGCCGCCAGCUCCAUUGGUAAAAACCACAGCCUGAGCCUGACGCUGGACUUAGCCUCGCCGAGGACCACCUCCCGGGCGGAGCAGCGGGUCCAGCCGCCCGGCGCGGAGAGUGAGUACAAAACCCUCAAAAUCAGCGACCUCGGCACCCAGCUGAGCGACGAGGACAUCGAGGACGGACUCUUUCACGAAUUCAAAAAAUUCGGCGACGUGAGCGUUAAGAUCAGCCGCAGCAACGACGAGCGGAUCGCCUUCGUCAACUUCAGGAAGCCGGAGGACGCCCGGGCGGCCAAACACGCCCGAGGCCGGCUGGUGCUGUACGACCGGCCGCUGAAGAUCGAGGCGGUCUACAUCAACCGGAGGAGGAGCCGCUCCCCCGUGGACAGGGACCUGUACGGCGCCGCUCAGAGCCACAGACACUUGCAGAGACCCCUCUCCCCCACCGGGCUCGGGUACAGGGACUACCGCCUGCAGCAGCUGGCCCUGGGACGGCUGCCCCCCCCACCGCCGCCCCCUCUGCCUCGAGAACUGGAGCGGGACAGAGAGUUCGCCUUGUUUGAAGCCAGGGCACGUCCGGCCUUCAUCGCAGAGCGAGCAGCUUUCCGCGAGGAGGAUUUUAUAUCUCCAGAAGAUGACCAAAGAGCAAACAGGACGUUGUUUUUAGGCAACCUGGACAUUACCGUUACCGAGGCAGACCUGAGGAGGGCUUUUGACCGCUUUGGAGUCAUUACAGAGGUGGACAUUAAGAGACCUACAAGGGGACAAACCAGCACCUAUGGAUUUCUGAAAUUUGAGAACCUCGACAUGGCACAUCGGGCCAAGCUUAGUAUGUCUGGCAAAAUCGUGGGGCGAAACCCAAUAAAGAUCGGUUAUGGGAAAGCGACGCCCACUACCCGACUGUGGGUGGGUGGACUUGGGCCCUGGGUUCCCUUAGCUGCUCUCGCCAGAGAAUUUGAUCGCUUUGGCACUAUAAGGACCAUUGACUACAGAAAAGGAGAUGCGUGGGCCUACAUUCAGUAUGAAAGUUUAGAUGCUGCUCAAGCAGCUUGGACACACAUGAGGGGCUUCCCGCUGGGAGGUCCAGAGAGAAGACUCCGGGUGGAUUUUGCCGACACGGAGCACCGUUACCAGCAGCAGUUCCUGCAGCCUCUUCCCAUCCCGCCGUUUGACAUGGUGGCCGAGUCAUUUGUUCACCGGGCCACGCCUGAGCCUCUCAGGAUCAGGGAUCGGACUCCACCGCCGCUCCACUUUAGGGACCGAGAGCUCUUUCCCGGAGCAGAGUGGCCCAACCCGGCCAUCCGAGAGCGCGUGCGGGCGUCGCCCUUCGAGCCUCUGGAACAUUUAGAGCGGGAGCGGCGCACUCGGGAGCCGUGGUCUUUGGAGCGCGAGCUGCAAGCAAGAGAGCCGGCACGCAAGCGGCGUGUGCUGGAGGACGGACGCCACCUGGACCACUCUCCCGACAGCACAGAGAGGACAGUGAGAAGGAGGCGCACCUCCCCGGAGGGCAGCCCCGGAGGCAGCAGCAGAGAUGGGGGGCGCUUCAGUGACUCAGAGCGGCCUUUGCGGGGGGAGAAAGCCUCUCCGGCAAGGGAACGCAACAGCAGCCUGGAAAGAGGCGCCGCUGAACGGAGGCUCAAAAGCCAGAGCCUGUCCGACAAGGGACCUUCGGCCUGCGCUCUGUCUGCAGCUGGAGAGCGCAAGCGCAAGGCAGGCGACGGCGGUAAAGGGCUCACCAAGAGAGAGCGCUCCGAGGGCGGCUCCAAGGGGGGCGUGCUGCCCAAGUCAGACGGCAGCAAGCUCAGUCUGGCGUGGCGUGGGAUGCUGCUCCUGAAGAACAGCAACUUCCCGGCCAACAUGCACCUGCUGGACGGCGACCACUGCGUGGCCAGCGACCUGCUUGUGGACAGCGCCACGGGCCGGCAGGUGAGCGAGCUGAAGAUCACGCAGCGCCUGCGCCUGGACCAGCCCAAGCUGGACGAAGUGUCCCGCCGCAUCAAGGUGGCGGGUCCCGGCGGCUACGCCAUCCUGCUGGCCGUCCCCGGAGCCACGGAGGAUACGUCGUCCGACCCCGCCGCCUCCACGCAGCGGCCGCUACGCAACCUGGUGUCCUACCUCAACCAAAAGCAAGCAGCUGGAGUCAUCAGCCUGCCCGUGGGAGGGAGCAGAGAUAAAGACAACACAGGGGUCCUUCAUGCUUUCCCCCCAUGCGAUUUCUCCCAGCAGUUCCUGGAUUCCUCUGCCAAAGCUCUGGCAAAAAGCGAAGAGGACUAUCUGGUCAUGAUUGUGGUUCGUGGUGCAUCUUAA